CCGGCCGCUCCCCAGUGAGGCUGCGCGCUGGCGCUGGCAUGCCGAAUGGCUGAGGCGCCUGGCGCUGCUGCUGCUGCUGCUCCUUCUUCGCGCGACGGCAGACGGGCAGCUCCGAGCCGGGCGGGGGAAAGCGGACCCACUCCCUGCUGCUGCUGUCACCGGAGCCGCUCAGCGCCAUGGUCUCCUGGAUCAUCUCCAGGCUAGUGGUGCUUGUGUUUGGCACUCUUUAUCCUGCAUAUUACUCAUACAAAGCUGUAAAAUCAAAGGAUAUUAAAGAAUAUGUAAAAUGGAUGAUGUAUUGGAUCAUAUUUGCACUCUUCACAACAGCAGAGACAUUCACGGACAUUUUUCUUUGCUGGUUCCCAUUUUAUUACGAACUCAAAAUAGCUUUUGUAGCUUGGCUGCUGUCUCCUUACACAAAGGGCUCCAGCCUCCUGUAUAGGAAAUUUGUGCACCCCACACUGUCCUCAAAAGAAAAGGAAAUAGAUGACUGCCUAGUCCAAGCAAAAGAUCGAAGCUAUGAUGCCCUGGUGCAUUUUGGGAAGCGGGGGCUAAAUGUUGCAGCCACAGCUGCUGUGAUGGCAGCUUCCAAGGGCCAGGGCGCUCUGUCGGAGAGGCUCCGCAGCUUCAGCAUGCAAGAUCUCACCACAAUUAGGGGAGAGAGCAGCAGCGGCACUGUGAGUCCGCCACCUCCUGCCCCCUCAGUUUCAGCGCGGACAAGUAGCAAGCAGAGUCACCCCAAAACGUCCAAAAGUGCAUCAGAAAGUAUUGGACGCUCAGCGUGUGCAUGUUGUUCGGUUUGCCGCAUUGUCCAAGUGGUUGAACUAGAGGUUGAGGCAGAGAGUGAAAGGCCACCUGAGGCAAACUGUGAACCAACGGAAGUUGUGUUCUCAGAUGAUGAAGAGAACGACUCAUUGGAUAGCACAUCCAAGGCUAAAACACCUAAAAAGAAGGAUCCCGUCAUUGAGGCACCGCCUAGGACCCUUAGACCUCGUUUCAGGAAAAAAAGUACCUCAUCCUCGACCACUGAAACCAUGUGAGCGUGAUGAGCCAUUAGCACCGAAAUCCACGGAAUGUCUCUCUUCUGCCUUAAAAGAUCUACUCCGUUAAUAAUGUAGGGGGAAAAACAGUGGUGAGAUGGAUGUGCUUUUGAUACUGCGACGUUAUAAACAUGGCCUUUCUCGCUUCCCUUUCCAUUUGCUGUGGGUUCCCUGACCGUUUCUGUGGCAUUGCAAACCCAGAAGGCAAAAGCAACCCCCCUGGGAUUUCUUUGCAGAGUAGCAGCUCUUUCAGCUAUGCUAGUGAGGCUGUACAUUUGUAAUUACUCCUUACAUCAGCU